CCUCCGCGCGGCCCGUUCCGCCUCGGCUCCCGCGGCCUGUGGGCUGACGUGUCGGCGGUUGGGCGAAUAAGGCCGAGAUGGCGGACGCCUGGGAAGAGAUUAGGCGUUUGGCGGCAGACUUUCAGCGGGCGCAGUUCGCAGAGGCCACGCAAAGAUUGUCAGAGCGGAACUGCAUUGAGAUUGUGAAUAAAUUGAUUGCUCAGAAACAGCUAGAAGUAGUUCACACACUUGAUGGGAAGGAAUAUAUUACUCCAGCACAAAUUAGUAAAGAAAUGAGAGAUGAGCUACAUGUUCGAGGUGGUAGAGUAAACAUCGUUGAUCUGCAACAGGUAAUUAAUGUGGAUCUGACUCAUAUUGAAAAUAGAAUUGGUGACAUUGUUAAAUCAGAAAAACAUGUGCAACUAGUAUUGGGACAACUGAUAGAUGAGAACUAUUUGGACCGUUUAGCAGAAGAAGUAAAUGAUAAAUUACAGGAAAGUGGUCAAGUAACCAUAGCAGAACUGUGUAAAACCUAUGAUCUUCCUGGAAACUUUCUGACACAGGCACUAACUCAGCGACUAGGUAGAAUUAUUAAUGGACACAUUGAUCUUGAUAACAGAGGAGUAAUAUUUACUGAAGCUUUUGUAUCUAGACAUAAAGCACGCAUCCGUGGACUGUUCAGUGCUAUUACCCGGCCUACAACAGUGAAUUCUUUGAUUUCAAGAUAUGGAUUUCAGGAGCAGCUUCUUUACUCUGUUCUUGAAGAACUUGUUAAUAACGGACGCUUACGAGGCACUGUGGUUGGUGGGAGACAGGAUAAGGCAGUGUUUAUCCCUGACAUUUACUCCAGAACACAGAGUGCUUGGGUGGAUUCUUUUCUCAGGCAGAAUGGCUAUCUGGAAUUUGAUGCUUUGUCCAGACUUGGAAUCCCAGAUGCUAUGAGCUACAUAAAGAAAAGAUAUAAGACUACACAACUCUUGUUUUUGAAAGCAGCUUGUGUUGGCCAAGGACUUGUGGAUCAGGUGGAAGCAUCAGUAGAGGAAGCCAUCAGCUCUGGAACAUGGGUUGAUACUGCACCUCUGCUACCCAGUUCCUUAUCAGUUGAAGAUGCUGCAAUAUUGCUUCAACAUGUAAUGAGAGCACUCAGCAAACAGGCUUCAGCUGUAGUCUUCAGCGAUACUAUUGUAGUCAGUGAAAAAUUUAUAAAUGAUUGUACAGACCUGUUCAGUGAACUGAUGCACCAGAAAGCUGAAAAGGAAAUGAAAAACAAUCCUGUUCAUUUAAUCACUGAAGAAGAUCUGAAACAAAUCUCCGUUUUAGAAAGCAUUAAUACAAGUAAAAAGGAUAAAAAAGAUGAACGAAGGAGGAAAGCAACAGAGGGCAGUGGAAGUGUGAGAGGAGGAGGUGGCGGCAAUGCCCGAGAGUACAAAAUUAAAAAAACCAAGAAGAAAGGAAGAAAAGAUGACGAUAGUGACGAUGAGUCAUCUCACACAGGAAAGAAGAAACCAGAGAUUACUUUUAUGUUCCAGGAUGAGAUUGAGGAUUUUUUAAGAAAACACUUACAAGAAGCCCCUGAGGAGUUUAUUUCUGAGCUUGCAGAAUAUUUAAUAAAACCUUUAAAUAAAACUUACCUCGAAGUGGUACAUUCAGUUUACAUGUCUUCAACUUCUUCGGCCUCUGGAACUGGUAGAAAGCGCACGAUCAAGGACUUACAAGAAGAGGUUUCAAACCUUUACAAUAAUAUUCGAUUAUUUGAAAAAGGGAUGAAGUUCUUUACAGAUGAUACCCAGGCUGCUCUUACCAAACACCUGCUGAAAACAGUGUGUACUGAUAUCACUAAUCUCAUUUUCAACUUCUUAGCUUCGGACUUAAUGAUGGCAGUAGAUGAUCCUGCAACCAUUACCAGUGAAGUAAGAAAAAAAAUUCUAAGUAAAUUAUCAGAAGAAACAAAAGUGGCUCUCACCAAACUCCACAGCUCUCUGAAUGAAAAGAGCAUAGAAGACUUUCUUGGUUGUCUGGAUUCUGCAGCAGAAGCUUGUGAUAUUAUGUUGAAGAAGGGAGACAAAAAAAGAGAAAGGCAGGUACUGUUUCAGCAUCGGCAAGCACUGGUUGAACAGCUAAAAGUCACAGAAGACCCUGCUCUUAUUCUGCAUCUCACAUCGGUUCUGUUGUUUCAGUUCUCAACCCAUAGCAUGCUCCAUGCACCUGGAAGAUGUGUCCCCCAGAUCAUUGCUUUUCUGAAUAGUAAAAUUCCAGAGGAUCAACAUACUCUUUUAGUAAAGUAUCAAGGUUUGGUUGUAAAGCAUUUAGUCAGUCAAAAUAAGAAGACUGGGCAGGGAGAAGAUCCCUUGAGUGAUGAAUUAGACAAAGAACAAGAGGAUAUCAUUAAUACAACUCGUAAAGAACUUCAGGAGCUUUCCUCGUCCAUUAAAGACCUUGUUCUCAAAUCUAGGAAGUCAUCAGUGACAGAAGAGUAAUGAUUUUAAUUUACUUAAUGUUGUCAUACAGUAAAUGUUUUCCCCCAAAGUUAAAGGUGAGUGGUUACCAAAAAAAAAAAAAAAAAUACUCAUUUCACAGUCCAGAAUCCCCCCAAUAGCAUCUCCCACACCCACAAUUCAAACAGUAGCAUUGUAGUCAUUGUAAGUUUAAAAAAAUCUAAGUUUUUGUAAAUUGGGCUCUCCAUGGAAGGUUUCUUUUUCACAUUAGUCUAAAAAUUAUACAUUUCAAGUUUAUUUUCUUCCUAGAAGCUGAAUGAAAAAUAAAUUUUCUGAUAUCUUUUAUCUCUAGGAAAGGACUCAUUUGUUGUGUUACUAGAUUUCAGGUGACAUACGUAAAUAUAAUUUACAUAGAAACUUAAAAUGUGGUCAGUGUUUUUUAAAGAAAGGAAAACCUUUGGUGUCAAAAUGAAAAUAGAGAAUGCUUCAAACCUAAAAUACAGAAGUUUGCCAACUGUUGUUUUUGUUUUAUUUCUAAGCCCUUGCUCUUAUUCCCGGCAGAUAGAGGGCCUCUCGUUUCCCCCACAAGAGUGAACUUCUCUGUGACUGGGCCUUCAGGGAUGUGUUUACAGAGACAGAAUGCCUGAGGGGCCCAUGUAUUUCUAUGCUCUAUUCUAAAGUAAGAUGCUGACAAGAGUGAGAGAAAAAGGAUAAUUUACUUAUAAGUGUUAAAUCACAUUUACUAAAAAGGUAAUACAGAUAGUUUUCUAUAACCCAGUUUGCCUUUCUGAAUUUCAUUUUUCAUAUCAGUAGACACUGUCACCUAAUACUUUGUUGUAGGGGAUCUAUAAUGCAUUUAAAUCAUUGGAACUAUUUUUUCAAAAAUAGAAACUUAUUAAGAAAUAGGUAUUCUUAAUUUGUAAAGAUUGAGCAAUUAAAAGACUAUAAAGUAAAAUAGUUCCUUGGAGUAAUAAUUUUAAUCAAAUGAGUUUUAAGCAACAACUUAUUGUAUAUAAAAAAAUUUAAUUAUUUAAAAUAUAAUAGUAAAAUCUCAAAUAUUUUUAAAAAUACUGUUUUAUAUUAUUCCUUAUAUGGCAUUUAAAACGAUGUUUUAAAAUGUUUGACUACAAAAAUCAGUCUACCUCUACCCUAAUUCUAGACAAAGUAUUAACAUUGAUUGAAAGAAAUUAAUAUAAUUUGCUAGGCAAUGUCAAAGUUGAUAGGAAUAUAACAUAAAUUUUAAAAUAUUGCCAUUGGUAAUUUUCUAUUAAUGUAUUUUCAUAAGGGCAAAGGAAGGAAAAUAACAAAUCCUCUGUGACCACAAACUCCACUUAGUUGUGUUGAUUUAGCUUCCAGAAUACACCCAACCUAAUUUUUUAUUCAGUGCUUGUUUAAGGAUCUUAUUACUUAGGUUUCAAGAGAUACCAAAGUAAUCCACAUUUAAGUCAAAGUAUCAGACAAUGAAACAAAAAGCCAUUCUUAUUUUGUUGCAUUAAACUGUCAUUAAAUUUUUUUCUUUUAUCAAAAUGGCUAUUUUUCCACAGUAAAUAAGCAGUUUUUAAGAUUAUUUUUGUAAAUAAAAUUACUUAGUUGAUUUUGUAUGUAAAAAUCUAAUUUCAUUAAUAAAAUAAAAACUGUUAAAUGUUUACUGUGCUCUUAAUGGGCAGAUUUAAGAAUGUUAUUUAGAAUAAAGUUCUCUUUCUAUUAAAUUUUAUGUACUUUGAAUCUUCUAAUUACUAGGAUUGAUGUAUAUGUGUGAUAUAAAUACAUUUUUAAAUUUUUAUCCUGAAUAUUUUUAGAGGAUUUUAUUAUGUUUGUACACAAAAGUAGUUCCAUAGUCCUCUGUGUCUUUCAUUCCUUGCAAGUUUGCCAUUCAUGAACCUUUUCACCUUAAUAAAUCAUUUUCAGUUA